AUGGAUGCAUCCACAGCGAAAAUGACAGAGGUCAAUGGUCAACUCUUUAAGACGAUCCAAGAGAUCGUCGAAUUCCUAAAGAAGUGGGCUAGUGAAACUGAGUUUACGGCUUUGAGAGAUAAGCCUAUAACUCGAGGUUUCUGGAUCUUGAUCGACGACCUCAGCGUUGAAUUUAUUAUGGGUCUUUGGGCUCCAGCAAUCGACGAAAAGGUGCAAGCUCUCUUCGAGAAAGGCACAUUUUCAGUAGAUGAUCUUCGCAAGCUUCCAAGAGCAAGCAAUGAAAGCAGGCCUGGAGUCUAUCUAGGGUUUAUUCUUGACGAAAUUCAUAGCGAUGGCACAGUUACGCUUGCCCUAUACGUAGGGUCGAAAGCAAUCUUCAUGUUCCUCUUUGGAACCCUUCUAGAGCCGACAUUUGAGACCGACUUCGUCAAGCAGAGUACGUGGGAGCUCUACGAGCAACUACAGUCCGUGAUCAGACCUCCACUACAUAUUACUCUGGUGACCCGCUUGGACCAUAUCCUUGGUCGAGCUGCUACCAUUUCCAAAGAGAGCAUGACGGCAACCUACCAGACGAAGCAUUUUGCAAUCACCACCGUCAGGACCGUUACAGGCAAAACAGUCAAAGACAUUGUGAGUGGUCUUUGCUACCCAUGUGUGAAUUACAAGAUAGCCAAGCUCAACGGGGCCGAAAAGACCGAAAAGGCCAAUAUGGUUGAUGAGGACAAAAAAGAUAUCCCGCCGAAGCAUGAAUCGAAUCAAAUCAAGAUCGAUAUUCUAACUGGCAGGGUCAAGCACCACUGCAACUCCUGUGGGAUUGAGGUGAAGAAACUCUUCUGGGAACGACACACGAACAGAAAUGAGGGGGAAAAGCCCAUCUAUGCUCUUUCUGAUAAAUGGAUGGUUAAUCCACACGGUCUUCUCCUAUGUCUUGAAUGCAGGAAGAAGGACGAUACAAAACUUUCUUCCCUUCCGCCUGUUUUCUCUGAUCUCCGGCCAGAAUGCGAGAUCAUGACAGAGUGGUGGAUGCUCUAUGAUCCAGUUCUAGCUGAAAAGAAGGAAGAACUAGCAUAA